AUGUAACACUUAUCAGUAUAUACAUUUACUAACAUAGUCAAAUUCCUUCCAGUCGAGGAAAUAUACUCCAAAUUGACACUCUCCAAGUCUCUUAUGUAAGUAUCUAUUCAACUAAUUAUUAGUAAUUACAUAUACAAUCCCUAUGUAUAAAAAGUAAUACUCUCUAAUUAUUUUCCCUUUGAGAUAAUCGAAUAAAUUCCUCCCAACAACUAUUCUUAAUGCAUCAAAUCAUUAAAGGGAGGGAAACUCAAAGAAAUACCCUUUUGGGGAAUAGAAACUAACGCAGGAUUGGCAAAUAAUAGUUUAAGAUUUUGGAUCGGAAAAACAUUCAUGAAAACCAGCGAGCCUUAAGUAGGUUUAAGAAAGUUUGAAAAUGCAUUUAUAUCAGGAACCUUAUCUUUUAAUCAAGUGGAAUUCAAGAGAGCCUUUCUAGAAUAUGCUCAAAAAUUCAUAGAAAUUAUGGGUUAAGAAAUUACAAAUCAUUUCUUUCCUGAUUGGGAUGACAUCCACAACAACUAAGUGGAAAUAUCAAAAAUAAAAAUAUUUGAUAUUUUUAGAAGUUUCUCAAUAUUUUAAUUUUAUAACUCAUAAGAUUGGAAAUGUGUCUAAUAUUUAAGAGAUUAUGCUUAUUUAAAACAUGAGUAAAUAGAUAGCAUGUUAGAGAUUGAUCCUUAUCAUAUGAAGGAUGAAGAUUAUGAAAUGUACAUUUUAAAUCUACUCUUUUAGUAUACCUUCUGGAAUAGCUUUGGUGUAAGAAAUAGAAAUAAAUAUAAGAACUUAAUUGAUGUAUACAGCAAGAUCGUUGCUGAUAUUUACAAGUAAAGAGUAAAGCAUUCCUAAUCACCCCGAUGAAAUAUAUCAAUGUUAAACUUAGGAGAGACUAUAUUAAUUUAUAUUACAACAUCCUCAAUUCAGGCCUUAAUAAACCAAUAUCAAAUUAUUAUUAAAUAUUGAUCCUAAUAUAGUUUAUGAAGAAUAACAUUAAUUAAAUUAUUUGUAUUGCACAUUCAAACCUAUAAAUGACAAACAACCUUUGCUCUGGGUACUAUUUGUAAAUCCAGAUGUUGAUGGAAUGCAUUUAAAAUUUGAUAAAUACACUCAAAGAUUAGCAAAAUCAAUUCAAGUGAGAAUACUUGAUGUGUGUUUCUAAGAAGAUCCACAAUUUCUUGGACUUGGUAUAGCCUAUGUUAGUGUUAAAGGGUUAACCUUAAAUUAAUAGGAUUGCACUGUAAUUUAAAAACUUCCAGAUUGA